AUGCAACUCAAAACCGUAACCCUAGCUCCACCACCGGGGCUGAUCCUCUUCCCCUGCCUCAACCCUCCAAACAAGACCCUCAAAUUUCACCGGUUCCUAGUCCUUAUUCUGACUUUCAUCGCCUACGCGGCCUUCCAUGCCUCUCGUAAACCCCCCAGCAUUGUUAAAUCUGUACUCACCUCUCCCACCCCUGAAUUCCUCAAUGCAACCCUAACCAAUGGCACCACGGCAUCAAAUUCUGAUAAGGGUUCAUUUCAUUUUACCAGAAACCCACCUCAAAACGACACAGGAUGGGCACCGUUCAGUGGCCCUGACGGACCCCACCGUCUUGGGGAGCUUGAUCUUUCGUUUCUAUUGUCCUAUUCCAUCGGCAUGUAUUUCUCUGGCCAUAUAGGUGACACCAUUGAUUUGAGGAUUUUCCUGACCGUUGGGAUGCUGGGUAGUGGCGUUUUUGUAUUAUUUUUUGGGUUGGGAUAUUUUCUUGAUUUGCAUUCUCUCGGGUUUUAUAUUACCAUACAGGUUCUGUGUGGAUUGUUUCAGUCUGUGGGGUGGCCUUGUGUGGUGGCAGUGGUAGGGAACUGGUUUGGGAAAGCGAAACGAGGGUUGAUCAUGGGGGUAUGGAAUUCUCAUACCUCCAUGGGAAACAUCAUAGGGUCUCUAAUUGCUUCCUCGGUAUUGGGGUUUGGAUGGGGAUGGUCCUUUAUGCUGCCUGGCAUUUUCAUUGUGAUCGUGGCUUUUCUUAUUUACUUGUUUCUUGUAGUGAAUCCAGAAAACAUUGGGUUUGAAUUGUCAGGGGAGGAGUAUGAGAUGAGUGUUGAAGGAGUCGCACUAGUGGAUUCAGAAACAAAUGAUACAGAGGAAACAAUGGAAUAUGUGGAUGUGGAAAGUUCGGUUGCUAUAGGAUUCUUUGAGGCAUGGAGGUUACCUGACGUGGCAUCUUUUGCAUUCUGCUUGUUCUUCUCUAAGCUCGUGGCAUAUACAUUUUUAUAUUGGCUGCCGUUCUACAUAAGACACAAUGCUGUUGCAGGUGUGCAUCUUUCACAUAAAACUGCUGGGAUCCUUUCAACAGUUUUUGAUAUUGGAGGAGUCUUUGGCGGGAUUUUGGCGGGAUUCAUAUCCGAUAUGAUUGAGGCUCGGGCUGUCACUUCAGUUAUAUUUUUGUUUCUCUCAAUUCCAACCCUUCUUUUGUAUCGAAUAUAUGGUAGUGUAUCAAUGUUCAUCAAUAUUGCAUUGAUGUUCGCUUCUGGUUUACUUGUAAAUGGACCGUAUUCGCUAAUUACGACGGCAGUUGCAACUGAUCUUGGUACAAAGACCUUGAUAAAAGGAAAUUCUCGUGCAUUAGCUACUGUCACGGCAAUUAUAGAUGGUACUGGUUCUGUAGGUGCUGCUCUUGGACCUCUUUUGGUUGGAUAUAUUUCUACUAGAGGAUGGAACAGUGUAUUUUUCAUGCUUAUUAUUUCAAUAUCCUUUGCGGGGUUCCUGUUGAUUCAUGUUGUGAAAAAGGAAGUUAAAGGAAAGCUGAAUGAUGGAAAAUGGCUUUGGUGCAGCAUACUCACCCAUUAA